AUGUCUUUUGUCGCCCGACACACCGCACUGAGCCGACUCAACGCUCUUAAAAAAUCUUUGGCAGACCCUUCUUCUAGGCAUCUACACUUUCAACGAAAUAUGAGCAGUAGUGCUCCUGAACAAAUUGUCCUCUACACGUCGUCGACCCCAAACGGACGAAAGGCUUCAAUCUUCCUUGAGGAACUCAAAACUGCAUAUGGUCUCCAGUACGCCGUCCGACCUAUCACACUCAGCAAGAAUGAGCAAAAAGAGGAUUGGUUCAUUCGAAUUAACCCAAACGGACGAAUUCCCGCUAUUGUCGAUAACCAGAAUGACGGCUUUAAAGUAUUUGAAUCCGCCGCUAUUCUUCUAUACUUAGCAUCAAGAUACGACAAGGAUCGCAAGUUUUCGUUUGACGUCGGGAGCAACGACGAAAGCGAGGCGUUGCAGUGGAUAUUCUUCACUCAUGGAGGCGUUGGACCCAUGCAAGGCCAAGCGAAUCAUUUCGUGAGAUACGCGCCUGAAAAGAUCCCGUACGCUAUCAAUCGGUAUAUCGAAGAGACAAAACGCCUCUAUUCUGUACUUGAGAUUCGGCUGAACGACCGAGAAUUCCUAGCUGGCCCAGGAAAGGGAACAUAUUCGAUUGCUGAUAUCAACGCGUUCCCGUGGGUGAAUGGACACGCAUUCACAGGAAUCGAGUCGCUGGACGCUUGGCCUGGAGUAAAAGCUUGGGUGGCACGUAUUCAAGCGAGAGAACAAGUACAAGCGGGUAUCGCUGUUCCCAAAAGCUCGGCAACACAAAGAUUAUAA